GUACCCGGAAGUGGGUGGUUGAGUCACCGACUGGUCACUACAGAUACUGCCUGCUGGGAUGAGGCAAAGAACCGGAGAAUCGCAGAGAUUGAUAGAAAUCUGAGAAACCGAAAAUCUCAGCCUUAAUUGAUCACACUAAAACACACGGCGCUGCCGUAUUAUUAAUUACCUUGGCAUAAACGGUAGAAAUAACACCUCGCCAAAAUGAUGGAAGAGAUACCGGUAGAUAGAUUUCAGGUGCCUAGCGCUGUUCAGGCGGAGAUGCAGCCGCUUAACCUCUCUCUCCAGGACCCGGCAUCGUCCACGGCUUCUUCGGAGGCAGACUCAGACACGAGGGAGGGCGAGCCAGUCACUAUUAACUACAAGCCCUCUCCUCUGCAGAUGAAGAUAGAGAAACAGCGAGAGCUGGCCAGGAAGGGAUCACUGAAGAAUGGCAAUGCAGGAAGUCCAGUGAACCAGCAGCCCAAGAAGAACAAUGUCAUGGCCAGAACACGGCUGGUGGUGCCCAAUAAGGGCUACUCCUCCUUAGACCAGAGCCCUGAUGAGAAGCCCCUGGUGGCCCUAGAUACAGACAGUGACGAUGACUUCGACAUGUCCAGAUAUUCCUCAUCGGGAUACUCCUCAGCCGAGCAAAUCAACCAGGACCUGAAUAUCCAGCUGUUGAAGGAUGGUUACCGGCUGGACGAGAUCCCUGACGACGAAGACCUGGACCUGAUCCUGCCCAAAUCUGUCAACCCCACCUGCAUGUGCUGCCAAGCCACCUCCUCCACCGCCUGUCAAAUCCAGUAGCCCACACAUCUGCUGUGAGUUUACUCUGCCAUUAGAGCGGCGACAGAGAGCAUUGAUAGAAUAUGAUAAUUAUAUGAAAACAAAUAAUCAACUUAUCGGGCAGAAAGUUAAAUGUAAAAAGAAAAAAUAGGGGAAAAAAAAGGAAAAUUAAGACAAACAAAAAAAUGUUAAAAUACGACUAACAGUGAUUACUUCCUCCUAUGGUAGGACAUGCACUUCUGUUUGUGUUUGAGAUCUGGGAGGAGACACAUUAGUCUAGGCCUCUCUGAUGCCUCUUCCUGGUCAAUAUUGUGUAAUACAAGCAAAAAUAAAAACAAGGUCAUUUGAUUUAAAAUAUAAUUUUCAUGUCCCUAAAUAGGAAAUAUUAUCUUAACUGCUGGUGAUAAAGCUGCUCUGCUUACUUGACUUUGUCAUAUUUAUUGCAUUUUAUUUAGUUCAUUUUUGUAGUUAUAUACUUUUUAUUUAAAGGAUCUGUAUGAUUGUAUGUACUGGGCUGUGUUAUCUGGUAUCUGAUACUGUAAUUUGGUCCUGAAAGCAGGGUUGUCUAGCACCGGCCUGUCUAGCACUCAUUCAGUCUACCUUGACACUCUUGCCCUGUUUCUUAUUGUACUGGUUGGAGGUAUUUAUGGUUUUUAGGAAUGAAUGCAUUGCAAAGGGAUGACAUUCAUGAUGAGUACCUACUGUAAAGGGAUUGGGAAAUGUAUCUGAAUUGGCUGUUUGUUCCCACAUCUUACACACUCUGCUACUUUGUCCAUUCUUCAUUGAUUUAUCACUUUUGAAUGUGUUAUUCUUGCACAUUUGAGUUUGUUUGGGUUCUAAGGUAAUAUGUGUAUGGUGAUUAAGGUGAUUGCUAACCUGCGAUGACCCUUAUUCAAGAGGAUGAUACAGCACUCUAUCAUUGGACUCAUUCUACAACACAAUACUUGUCCAGUUUGCUUACACAAUUCACCCCAGUAGAGGCCAAAGGGAACAAGUGGUUUUGUUAAGUAAAAGUAUAAGCCAACUUUAGAUAGCUUUUUGGAUACAGGCUGUUGACAUCCUACCAUGCCCCUCCCACAAUGUGUCUAACUAACCACUCCUGCUAUCUUGAUUGGCACAAUCAUUCUAAAUAGUGUCAAUAGAGCAGACACGCAGCAGGGGGUGGGAUGCAGUUUAUUUUCCUCUCGUGAUUGGUUGGAAAGUGAUCAAAGGAUCAGAAGUAUCAUUAACUUUGAGUACUAAUCCCUCACUGAGUCCUUCACUCGACCACCUCAGAGUUGAUUUGCGAUUAGAGUAUGCCUUAAAUAUUCAAACAAAAUGUGUGUAUUUAUUGCCAGUCUCAUGACCUAAUGUAUUUUAAAGGGAUUUGCAGUAUGAAUGUACGCAUUUAAUUUUUUUCAUUUAGACAGGUGAUUAUUAUUAUUUAUUUUACUAUUGUGUUCUCAUGUAGACACUUACAUUCUAGUAUUUAACAAUGUUACUGUCCUGUGUAGUGUAUAACAUCAAUAAACACAAAGCCAACUGAA